AUGGAUCUGCCUUACUACCAUGGCCAGCUGACCAAGCGAGAGUGCGAAGCCCUGCUCCUCAAGGGAGGGGUGGAUGGCAACUUUCUGAUAAGAGACAGCGAGUCUGUGCCAGGAGCCCUAUGCCUCUGUGUCUCGUUUAAAAGGUUUGUCUACACUUACCGAAUCUUCAGAGAGAAAUAUGGAUAUUACAAUAUACAGACCAAGGAAGGUUCUCCAAAGCAGAUCUUUCCAAACCUAGAGGAACUGGUCUCCAAAUACGAAAAACCAGGCCAAGGACUGGUUGUUCACCUUUCAAACCCAAUAAUGAGGAAGAGCUUCUGCCCAAGAGAGAGAUCAAAGUUAGAGUUGAAUGUUUAUGAGAACAAUGACAAGGACUAUGUGGAUGUCUUGCCUUGAAGACUAGGACACCGGGCAAAACAAACCAGAGGAGAUAAUGGGGCAACUCUCAGCUGUCAUCGCAUCUGCAAAUGUCAAUCUAAAACGCCACUUUCCAGUGGGCCACUGAGACCCUCCGGGAUCUUCUGUCCUGCAGUUUUGGAGGAAUCAUUACCUACAUGCCUGUCUUCCACAAGAGGCUCCAAUGCCACCUCUUACCUCUCACUCCUCGAUCUUGGAAAUUAGACAGCCAGAACCCAGUCUCCUGAGUGAUCAGAGACACCAGCCCCCACAUCAUGAUUGACAACCUCCAACAGGACAGCAGGAAGGGUAACUUCAUACAGAGGGAAGAGUGCUCUGCAGUGACUUUAGGGUUCCUGUCCUGUGGCUCUGUGACCUUGGACAGAUCAUUCCCUCCUGUUUUCAGUGUCUUCAUCUGUUAAAUUAAUGGUUGAACAGUUGAUACACACUAUCCGGAUCCUCUGUGGAGCCUGGUUGUCUCAGGUGGAGCUGGGGUCUGAGCAGCGGGAUGAGGGUCUAAGGAUGCUGAAGAAUCGAACAUGUCCUCUACCUGUGAGGUCUUGGUCCCGAUGGGGGCUUUGACCCACCCACGUUCUCUUUCCGUUCAGCUUGGGCUAGUCCCGUCUCUUCUUUCUAAGGUUGACCUUCUGCUAGAUAUUCCUCUGGCCACAGUUUUUCCUGAUUUUUCCCAACUCAACAUAUGCAGUAAUCACUUUGCCAGCUCUGCCUUCUGAUAAAUGUGAUUUGAAAAAUAUUUAUUUUUAUUACUUUUUUUGGUUAGCAGACAAAGAAAUGGGCUGCAUCCCAACUUUUUUAUACCUAUAAACCAUUAUAUUUCGGGGUUUUUUUGUUUUGUUUUUUUUUUGUUGUUGUUGUUGUUUUGUUUUGUUGAGACAGAUUUACAGUCUAGCCCAAGCUAGCCCUAAACUCAAAGCAAUCUUUCUGCCUCCGACUCCUAAGUGCUGGGAUUUCAGGCACAAGUGACUGCAUGUGCUCAAUACUUUCUCCUCCCUCCCCCAUCUCUCUCUUGUUUUUUAAGACAGGGUUUCUCGGUGUAGCCUUGGCUAGCCUUGACUCACUUUGUAGGCCAGGCUGGCCUUGAACUCACAGAGAUCCACCUGCCUCUGCCUCCCAGAGCGCUGGGAUUACAGAUGUGCCCCACCACGGCUCAUACUGCCCCAUCUUUCCCCCAUGCUGGGACCCUCUCUUCUUCCUAUAUUCCUUUGCCUCCUGUUCUUCCUGCCACUUUGGACCUCUUCCUCCCAUCUCACAGUCUGCAUUCUAAACUGUCAAGUCCUCCAUAGGUUUGUAUGUAUUUAUACAUGUAAAUUUAAAUCUAGAUUUUGCAUAUAAAAAUGUGGCUCGUCCUUCUAAAUCUGACAAAUUUUAGUGAACAUGAUGAUCUUCGUGUUUGUCCAUUUUUGUGUAUGAAUGCUCUAUGUUUCUUGUUCUAAUUCCGUUGCAUGUGUGUAUCAAAUGUGUGCUAUUUUAAAGAUGUUUUGUGGGGGUGGUUCUAUUUCUGCCUUGGUUCUAAGUGCCAUCAAAGCAAGGCUGUGCCCAGCUUAUGAUGCACAGAGACGCACACUCCCUCAACACAGGAAUUAUGGACAGAAAGCAUUUUUCUGAAGGGUUUGCUGAGUUGACUACUACGUCUCUUGAAUGAUUAAAUGUGAAACUAAGGGCUGUACAUGUAGCUCAACGGUAGACAACUUGCUUAGCAUGUGCAAAAGGUCCCAGGGUUUCAGGAGCAUAUAAAACAAACAAACAAACAAACAAACAGAGUUAAUUAAGGUCUGGCUAGGAGCCAAGUGUGGUGGGAGUUAUUCUAGAGGAUUAAGAGUUUGAGGUUCGCCUGGGCUUCACAGUGAACGGGAGGACAUGACUGAUGCAAGUUAAUGGUUAAGGUGGUUUUAUUGUAGAUAUGAAGAAGAAAACAGCCAGAAUCAUCUGGAAGGGUCCAGGCUGAACUAGGUCAGCAGAAUGAAUCAGACCAUAGGCCUGAUCAAGAGAGGAAGAGGAGAGAGGCAGCAAAGACAGCACUUGGGGGACAAGAGACAAUGAUGCCAAAAGAGGAACCAGGAACCAAGUGAGCCCAUAGCCAAAUGGCUGACUUUAUAUAGAAAAGAGAAGCUGGAGAAAGGAAGCCAGCCCCUGGGCUGGAGAGGUUUAGGGAAGGGGGGCAGGGUGAGAAAUGCUGGCAAGAACCACAAGUACUGAAUAAAACUUUCCUCAGUUCCUUUGGGACCUGACACACAAUACCCCUUCUCAAGAAUAAUAAAUAUCAAUCAAGCCAGUUAAUGCGGAGGGACUACACAUGUUCUGUCCCUUCUAUUUUCAAACUGUAGUGGCCCAUUUUGAAUGAGGAACUCCGGAGGAAUCAGACAAAUGGAUUUUGCCUUUUAUUGCCCCUGGAUGUGAACAACUGUGAACUGAGUCCCAGGAAUUCCUUCACUACUACCAAGCAGAGAGGCAGCAAAAUGAACGUAGCUGUGUUCAGAAAGCCGAGGGGAGAAAUACUGCUGGCAACUUCAGUAAAAGAUGCACAAGAGGAAAGAAGGGAGCCUGCUCCCUGAGAUUCAGUUCCUGGUCUUUCAUUCUGUGAUACCAACAAGCUUCAGUUUCCGAAGCCUGCAGCAGUCAUUCGUUAGGAAAACUAUAUUCUAUGAAUAUUUCUUGAGUAAAUGAGUGGAUAGGUCUAUAAAGACAUGUGCACUCAUUUGGGGUAGCAAAAAUAUGACAGAUUUAUACAUUUCUAAAUCCAGUCUUAUUAUGUAGCCCAAACUGAAUUUGAACUCACGAAAAUCCUCCUGUGUCUGCCUCUGCCUCUCAGUGCUGGGAUUAUAAGCACAUGUCACCUCCUAGAUGCAAUUUCCUUUUCUUUCCCUGUGUUGAGAGUUGUGUGAUGCUUAAUCCUAGUGACUCUUGGUGCACUUUGCAGACAACCAAAGCCAAUGCCUGAUGUUGACCUCAUGCUGAGAAUCCCUGAUAUUUUUGAAAGAUGUUGACUAGGUCAUAUGAUGAACAACUGGAAACUUCGAGCAUGUGUCACUGGUAGAGUCAAUGCCAUAUUAAUAAUAUAAUUAGAAUAGAAUUAUGUUGGAGGGACCCUGCUGUUUAAGGUCGCGUCCCACCAUGUCCUGAUCAUUCUCCAAGCUCGGCAUGAAAUGGAGGACUCCCUCCCCACAACAGGAGCCUUCCACCCUCUGCCUGACCUUGUCUGGAGAGGAUCUCUAUGCACAAAUGCCUAACCAUAUCUGGAGUAUAACCUUUGACACAGUUCCCUGCAAACAAUCCCCUGAUGCCCAUAGGAUAACUAUGUGUUGUGCUGCUGUUCAUAUGACAGGACUGUGCUGCUAAAAUGCAGCACCUAUUAGAUGAUGCCUCAAAUAACCCCCCAUCCUAUGUAUUCUCUUCGUUUCCCUUGAAUAAAGUUGAG